ACUCAAGUUGUCGACAAAACAAAACAAGUUGAAAAAAUAAAAAUCAAAAAUCAAAAUGGGGGCUAAUGUUUCAAGUGUUGAUGAUAACAGGGUGAUAAUACCAGCAAAAACCAAUAUAUUACCACCAACAAAGAAGGGCCAGGUUAUUGCAUUUCACUCCUCAUCUAAGUGGAAAUUCCAUUAUGAGGCGUCUAAACAAACCUCAAAACUUAUCAUCAUCGACUUCACAGCUUCUUGGUGUAAGCCCUGUCAGUACAUUCAGCCUGCUGUGAAUGAGUUUGCUGAAAAGUAUACAGAUAUCGAGUUCAUCAAGAUUGAUGUUGAUGAGUUAUAUGAUGUAGCGCAAGACUUUGAAGUACAUGCAAUGCCGACAUUUUUACUGAUUAGGAAAGGGAAAGAAGUGGACAAGGUUGUUGGGGCCAAAAAGGAGGACCUUCUCAAGAAGAUUGAAAAACACAGGUUCUAAAGAGAUCAAUAAUGCAUCAAUAAUACUCCCAACUCCAAGUGGGUCAUUGAUUAUACCCCAAAUUGACAGCCACAAGAUUUGAUAAAUCAACCAACACAAAGCAGCUCAUCAGCUUCUCCAGCUAUGAUUUGUGAAGCAAACUUUGUGUAGCUGUGUUAUAUUAUGUAAUCCAUGCUUAAAUAAUAACAAUCUUGCUUGAGAUUCGUAUUCGUUUGGGAUUUCGAGUGACAUUUAGAGACUUUUUUAGAUUUGAGAUUUUUAGAUUUUGGAAGAUUCUUAUGAAAUCUCAA